GCGGCACAGAGGAGAGAGUUCUGUUACUGGAGAGGGAGGAGAAAGAACUACAUGGAGGACUACAGUUGGCUUAUUCUACACUAAAAAAAUACCCGGGCAAAGUCUCUCGCGUCCGUUAGGAAACCAUGAAGUGUCCUUAGUGUGUGUGUGUGUGUGUGUGUGUUUUUAUUUAUCGGCGAACAGGAAAAGGGGGCUGUGAAGUGGACGCGCUCCUCUGAGUUUAGUCCCCCCGUACGCUGGAGCCGCUGCUGUUGCCAGUUCCUCCGAGAAAAGGACGGAUUCAGCAGAGAAAGACCGGAGAAGAACUUUGUGCAAGAUGCAGGGGGUUUCAGCUACUGACCUCCCUGCCUCCUCCCUGCAGUACCAGUGCGGAUCAGUGGACUACCUGUGUUCUCCACGGCUGGUAAAGAAAGGUCCGACCCCCAGACCAUGUCACGACAGGCCUGCCAUCAAACCCCGGCCCCAGCCCUCCACCUCACCCAGACCGCCAACCGCACAGAAACCUCAAGUGCCCCCUAAACCUUCACACCUGCUCGCCCUUGGGCAAGACAAGAAACCUAAGAGGAUCCCUCCACCGCCGUCGAGGCCUCUGCCAGCUCCCCCUCCUCCACCUAAACCAAAGCCCAGUCUAACCUCUCUUGGCUCAGGAGCACAGCCACAGAAAGAGGCCCAGAAAGUGGGGCUGCUCAUUGAGAGGUUCGAGAAUUCAAGGGUCCCUAUCCUGGGGGUGCUCCCACGGUCCCAGCUGCACCUGUGUCUGAGAAUGGACACUGCGUCUGACAUCACUUCCUCCUGCGGCCAGGACACCACGGCCAAGGUUGCAGGAGACUCCUUCCCUGCAGACAAACUUGCACUUGGCACCUCCGAACGGACUGACGAGGUGUCGGAACUUUCCUGUCUGGCUUCUGUGCACAUCGAUGGUUCGGAUGAGGCACCAUUGGAUGACUGUGACAUCACACACGGCGUUGGUUGCCUUGAUGACGUGGAGCGGGAGGAUGGCUCCUCCCACGAGCUCCUGGACAAUCCGGACUCCUCGGAGCAGAAUGGGAAAAUUCCUAACCGGGACAGUGGCAUCGACAGCCCGUCAUGCGCUGCAGAGGGGGAGGUGUUCCCCAACGAGGAUGCAAUCGACGAGGAGGAUCAUUACGACAGCGUCACUGAAACGGAGAGUGUGUCCUGCUGCGUUACCCUAGGCAACAAGCGAGACUCAACGCAGGAUGAGGACAGUGACUUGGAUGAGGGGAGCAGUGGAGAAAUACACUCUUUGACAGACACACAGACUGGGUAUCUGACAGAUGCACACACAGAGGCGCACAAAUGCUCAGAGACUCAGAAGCUCCUGAACAUCGCCAAAGAGCUUCUCCAGACGGAGGAGGCCUACGUCAAAAGACUCAACCUUCUUGACCAGGUAUUUUGCACUAAGCUCACAGAGGCUGGAAUCCCUCAGGAAGUGAUUACAGGGAUCUUCUCCAACAUCUCCUCCAUCUACUGCUUCCACGACAAGUUUCUGCUGCCUGAGCUCCAGACACGCAUUACUGGAGAAUGGGACUCUAACCCUCGUAUUGGAGACAUCCUCCAGAAACUGGCUCCGUUCAUGAAGAUGUACGGAGAAUAUGUGAAGAACUUUGACCGAGCCAUGGACUUGGUCAACACCUGGACACAGCGGUCUUCACAGUUCAAGAGUGUCGUCCAGAAUAUACAGAAACAGGAUGUGUGCGGGAACCUGACGUUGCAGCACCACAUGCUGGAGCCAGUCCAAAGGAUUCCUCGCUACGAGCUGUUGCUCAAAGACUACCUGAAGAAGCUGCCUGAUGACGCUCUGGACCGAAAAGACGCAGAGAAGGCACUGGAACUUAUCUCUACUGCAGCUAACCAUUCCAAUGCAGCAAUCAGGAAAAUGGAGAAGAUGCACAAGCUGCUGGAGGUUUACGAGAGGCUUGGAGGAGAGGAGGACAUAGUUAACCCAGCCAAUGAGCUCAUCAAAGAAGGACAUAUCAAGAAGAUGUCGGCCAAAAACGGAACAGCACAAGACCGAUACCUCUACUUGUUCAACAAUAUGGUGCUAUACUGCGUGCCUAAACUCAGACUGAUGGGACAGAAGUUCAGUGUCAGAGAGAGGAUUGAUAUCGCUGGCAUGGAGGUGCAGGAGAAUGUGAAGCAGAACCUUCCACACACGUUUGCCAUUAUUGGCAAGCAGCGUUCACUGGAGCUGCAAGCAAGGACAGCUGAGGAAAAGGAAGAUUGGAUUCAGGUGAUCCUGGCCACUAUCGAACGUCACAAACAAAACAGCGAAACAUUCAAUAAAGCUUUCAACAGCUCCUUCUCCCGGGAAGAUGACCAUCCCCCUGAGUCACCGGGUCCCUGGUGCAACACAUCCAUCGACUCAGAUAGUGAAAGACUGCAUGAAAGGAAGAGUUCCAGGAAAAAGGACAAAGAGAAGCAAACGUGUAAAGGCUGCAACGAGAGCUUCAACUUCACCAAGCGCAAACACCACUGCAAGUCCUGUGGAGCGGCCAUCUGUGCAAAGUGUUCAAAGACCUUGGACAACAAAACAAGCAGAGUGUGCCCGGAGUGUUUUGAAGCCAGCCUCAGCCUGGAGACCCUCUGCAUUAGUGAACAGAAAAGGAAAGCUGCGCCUGAGAGACAGACAUCUCUAACGGGGGAAAACUGCCUGCUAAGUGGCCACCUUCAAGUGCAGGAGAAAGGGAAGAGCUGGUCCAAGAUGUGGGUGGCUGUCACCAAGGCUGAGCCACUGGUGCUAUACCUGCAGAGCAGUGGACAGGACUCCAAGGGGGCGCGGGUGGUGCCUCUCCCUGGAUUCGAAGUGAGCGUGGUACCGCCAUCGGGAAGCGAGAAGUCGGAGAUCAAACACUUGCUCCGGCUCAGUCACACCCAGCAAACUUUGCUCUUAAGUGCCCAAGAUGCAGAACUUCAGGCCAAGUGGGUGGACGUCCUCUCCAAAGCUGCCCGCAGAGAAACGCCCACAGAUGCAUCAACGAGCCUGACUGAACACAGGAAGAGCCAGUAGUGGCCAUGUUGGAGCCCAGGACUCCCUCCCUCUUUCUCUUGUGUAUAGAGCACACAUUACUUGAAUUCACUUUACCUUGGCACUUUUUGUUUGUUUUAGUUUUUUCCCCCCUCUUUUGAAAGGACCACUCAAUCCUUCCUAUGCCACUUCAAUCUUCUCAUCAUGACCACACAGCUACGUCUUCUUCUCUCUUUAUCUUCUUGUCUCUCUCAAACACAGAAAAAUUACUAUGCUAUCAAGCCACCAGCGCCACUGUAUGUAUACAUGUGGUUAGGAUAUUAUAGUGUUUUCAAACGCUGGGGAGGACUAAAUGUUUUAUUUGUAAUAUAGCUGAAGAAAGUUCCUGAAUGAGUUUUUUCUUAAGAUGAAGUUUGUUGUACAUCAUGCGACUGUGUUGUGAAGCAUUAAAUCUUGUGUGUGUCUUUCAAUUUGUGCGAAAGUAUGUAUGUGUGUGUUUGAGUGUGAGUCCCUUCCUGUGUUUAUUAAGUAUUGAAUGUCAGUGUAAGAAACCUGCGCCACCUCUCUGUUCUCUUCACUCCUGCUGUGGACACAGUGGCAGUUCAGUGGGUAUUGUACAGUAUGUAUACUAUAGUGCGAUGUAAGAAAGCAAAGAAACAAAAGACAUUUUAACUUAAAAAGACACAGAUGUGUUCGCUUGUGGCUGGCCACCUGAUGCUCCCACUGUCAGUUCCCACCUUACAGACCCUCUCUUCAUACUUCUCUCAUCUAUAUAGGUAAUAACUCCCUCCCGACAUUGUCUUUGGACUCUGAGACUUUUAAUCUGAGUCGGAUCCACCACAUUUCCACUCUGUCAUGAUUGUGACUCAUCCAGAUGAGAGUACACAGCCAGAAUGGGAUCAAGUGGCCUCAAUUCUGACCCUGCACAGCAGGUUCAGUCCCUCAAUAUCUCCACUUGUACACAUGCUUAAUAAAUCAUUUCCGUAUACUUAUCUCUCUUUCUUAGCAUAGCAACCGUCUGCCUGCUUCUCUCCCUUUGGUGAUGUGAUGGAAACCAAGUACUGUACUGUAAAACUGUUAAUUCUGCCUUGACCCUGUACCCUGCUCCUAUCAGCCACCAGCCUUUAAGCAAAAGUAGCAACAAAAAAACCUUGUCAUUGGAUCUCUUUGUGCAUGUAAACUCACUCAUAUUUAUGUACUGUGCUCUGAAAUCUUGCCCCUAUACUAUACCUCUUUUUAUGCUCCAGAACUCAUUCUUGUCGUACUGUAAGUGAGCAGCAGUAAGUGUUUUAAACAUGGAUUGUGCACAGUGGAAAAGCAGUCAAGCAUAUCAUCAAUAAACAGACAUUGUGAUUCAUUCAGUACCACGCUGUCCAACAAGA